UAAUUGCUUUCAUGUUUGUAUUCUUCCUCCUUCAUUUCUUCAUUUUUUCAUUCUUAUUGUCGCAUUUUCUUUCUUCUUCUUUUAUGUAUCAUUUCUUGGUGCUCCCUGGGUGACGACGGUUCUGAUGAGGUCACCACGACUCCACACUGUACGGAGCGCCUCGAUCUCGCAGGUUCCGGGAUGAGGUGGAGGUGGCGGCGACGGUGGAGCAAUGGUGGCCGCACCUCAAAUGGGUGGAGAAGAACGUGGAUGGUAAUGGUGAGGGCCAGGAAGGCUCCAUCACCAUCGAGGGUGCCAUGGCGAACUUCUUCCAGAUCCUCGCCAUCAGCAUGAACUUUACGUACCGGCUGGUGCGCCCCAAGGAUAACACCUUCGGCAGUCUGAACGAGGACGGCACCUGGAAUGGCAUGGUCGGCCUCGUCAACAGAGGGGUGUGUACACGUAUAAACGCACACACAGAUAGACAUAAAUAUCUUGAUCUUAUCCCUCAUUACUCAUCCUCUGGUGUCCUUCACUUGCUUCGCCCGAUACAGGAGGUAGACCUUGGCCUGGGCCCCUUCGCCAUCACGGAGCCCCGCUGGCUGGCGGUGGGAUACUCGCAACCUGUCGCCCACACUGACCUCAGGAUUGUGACGAGCGUAGGAAGCAUUGACAUCGACCCGUGGGCCUUCCUGCUGCCGCUCUCGCCCGCCCUGUGGGGCAUGCUGAUGGCCACGCUGGUGGUGGUGUGGUUGGCCACGCUGCUAGUCGGGCGCCUGGGCCAGGCGUGGCGGCAGUGGCCUCACAGUGUGUUCCUGCAGCUGUACGGCGCCCUCAUGCAGCAAGGUGAGGGUGCAGGACUCGCUGCCUUGGUGCACGAGUCAGCAGGCUGGUGGGUGGAGGAGGUCACGAAGCACACACUGGCUCACACAUUCCCUGCUGCAGGCGUGACCAUGCCACUGUGUGGACAGCGGCUGCGGCUGGUGGUGGGUGGGUGGAUAGUGGCCUCCGCCCUGGUCGUCUGGAGCUACAGCGGCCUUCUGGUGUCCGUCAUGACCGUGCGUCAAGUGCCGCGGCCCAUCCAGACUGCCGAUGAUCUCCUCGAGGCUUCUCACGUCAAAGUGAUAAUGAGAGGCAACACAGCCUACACUCAGAUACUGGAGGUGGGUAUCAUCGCCGUGCACUAUUUAAGAAUUUAUUUUAGAUAACAUAUAUUCAAUCCUGUUCUUCCGUACGUAGUUUACUGGUAGCAGUACGUACAUAGUACAGCAUAUACUCUCGUUUUAGACUGCUGAUCCGUUGGCACCUGUUAUUUCAUAAUCUUUUUUAACUUCACUGUCAUAUACUACUCUUAUACACAUGCACGUACGGAAAGCACCCCGGGAUGCUAGUGUAUCUCUUAGUUAUAUUGAACUGACUGUUUUUUGUCACUCCCAUCCACGACAUCGUAACCUCGGCGGCAACCCUCGUCCGUGCCGCCGCGGGGAGCAGCAAGCAGAGUCUGGGGUGCUGCAUGACCUGUACGGUUUGAGGGCGCUGGGACGCCUGGACUGGGAACGUGCAGGAACUCCAGAGUGGUUCCGUCUGAUGGGCCUUGGGGACUACGCCUCCAUCGUGACCACUCUCUCUGGCGUCAGUCUGAAGGCCAGGGACUUCAGCAGCAGAGGUGAGGAGCGGCUGAGGGCUGCCUCACAGCCACCACCCCUGCCAGGCAGUCUGCUCUACCUGCUCGUCUUGUAUUGCCAUUCAUUUGUUUAUUCCGUUCAUCUUCCUUCACAUCUGAGGUAUUGCUAUAGUCACAGAACAUUACCAUCAAGAUGUGAUUUUUUCCAUCGUACCUUAA